AUGAGGACUCUUCUAUUACUUGGAGGCAUGACACCAGAUGUCACCGCUCUCUACUACAACAUCAUCAAUAAGGUCGUCAGAGCCAAACUCGGUGAUCGAGUAUCAGCCCCGUUAUAUCUGUACAGCGCCAACCUCGAAGAAAUGAUUCAGCAUGCCAUGAAAGGAGAUUGGGCUGAGUUCGCAAAAGUCUACAAAAAACCAAUCAGGUCACUGAGCGACAGAGUGGACGGCAUUGCGAUCUGUGCUAUUCUCGCACACAAGGUCGCCAAAAAAUUAUUUGACGACUCCUCAGCGGCUCGUGUCCCGCUGUUCCACAUCGCUGACUGCCUCGCACUCCACAUUACCAACAAUCAUCCAAAGGUGAAGAAACUUGGUCUGCUCGGCCCCAAGAUCUCGAUGCUCGAUUCUGAUGAUCCGGAUUUCUUUGUGGCUAUGUUACGGAAGGCUGGCUUUGAAGUUCUCAUCCCCGAAACCCCAGCGGAUAUUGAGGAAGUUAACAGAGGCAUGCUUGAAGAAGUGGCGAAGGGCGUUGCUUCUGUGACCGACUCAACCAGAAAGAUGUUCAUCGAACAAGCGAAAAGGCUGAUCGAUAGAGGAGCUCAAGGGUCUGAUGGCACCCUCUCACGUACGGCCUGUGAGAGAUGUCGCAGACAGAAGCUUCGUUGCAGUCGCCAACGUCCAACUUGCACGCGAUGCAGCCGCUUCUCAGUCGCCUGCACCUAUCCCGAGCUGGCUGAUCGCAGACGUCUCGCCGCUCGUCGCGAAUCCGUGCGGGCCGAACAGACCCGUCUUGAUGCUGCCCCAGUGACUCCAGAAUCGACAGAACUCAAUGUUGGCACAGUCAGAAGUCCGUCAGAGGCUCCGAGAAUCAGCAGUAUUGGCGUUGUUGAUGUUGGCCCACCGCGAACAGAACAUGCAGCCUCAAGCUCUGCUGGCACCAACCUGGAGGAUCUACCGCCACGAGCCAUUGGGCUCGCGCUGUUGGAUAUUUACUUUGAACGGUUAUACAAUGCUACGUUGCUCUUCAAUCGUACUCAACUGUUUGAGUCUUACUUGGAUGGCAGUCUACCUCCAUAUCUAUUGAGAAGCAUAUUCGCGCUAUCGUCAUUGUUUCUUCGUCAACCUCGACAUCUGCCACCAAGACUGGGCAGCCACGCUGUCUCUCCAGAGCUUGGAACGUUUUCUACGUAUGCUAGUCAUGGACGCGCCUGGGCUGAGGCAGCAAGACGCGAGGCUUGGCUUCUCACAGACAGGCCAACCGUACAAGUUGUUCAAGCUCUGUCAUGUCUAAACUUGUACUGGUUUGCGACAAGAGAUCUUGAUCGAGCUCGAAUCAACGCUGUUAUGGCCUACGCAUCAGCCACUACAUUUCGCUCCAUUAACCUCCCAGACAACGGGACAAGGGCAAAAGAUGAGCUGCAGGUUUUAGAAAGAAAGCACGGUUGUUUUUGGGCAUGUUGGACAACGAUGUGUAUCUCUUCUUUUCCCGAAGCAUAUGCCAAAAACGCCUGGGAAGAAGCUUGCAACGUGCCUCUUCCCGUUGCUCCAGAUGGCUUGGUCAGUAAUUGGAGUGUUACACAUGGGUGCUACAUGGAUAAGAAAUGGAGACAAGAAGUAGUGGAUGAAGAGCCAAACCCACCCUCGUCAAUAAUGGCAGAACAUAUGAAGCUCAUGGGAGUUUGGGUCAAAGUCCAACUUAUCAACAGAGAAAAGCAGGAAAAUCCGGAUGUUACUCACAUACAACAGCUUUCUCAGCUGGCGAAACAUAUUUAUGAUUCAAGCCUUUUUCCUCCUUACGCUACGGGAAACGAGAGUCCCGGUCGAGAUAUGGCACGACUGCUGGGAUUGCAUUCACUAUAUCAUCUUUGCCAAAUCGUUCUUCUCUGUCCCUUGGUGUCCCUGUUCUCUGGGAGACGCGGCAUUGCAGGAGACAGCACCCAGGGCUACGCACAAACGAUAACCAAGCACGCCAUUUACCACGGGCAACUGAUUCGAGAUUAUAUUGCUAGAAAGCAGGAUAUAACGAAACUCAGCUCUCAUGUUGGCUUUGCUAGCUUUGUUUCGACCUCGAUCAUACUCACUCUCCUGAGGUCCAGGGCUCGCCGACAUCAGCAUGAACAUACACGGGAUCAUGUAUCACACGCGAUUGUGACACUAAUUCAGGAUAGUAUUGAUAUACUGAGCAUUCUUCAGACUUUCUGGGAACCAUUACAGCCAAUGACCAGGAGCCUGCAGCGUGCUGCUGACCAAAUACUAGGCCCUUUCGAUCGCGUUGGUCAUAGCCUUGCAGGAGCUGAGUCCAGGACUAUCGAGGUUCCAAUGACAGGAGUCAAUAGUCCAGCAAGAGAGGAAGAUGUCAUAGCAACCACGUAUAUCGAGUCUCCAGAGUAUCCGACAACUCAUCACUCCGCAGACUCUUACACAAAUACCCAUUUUGGCGUUGCAGACAGGGUCGAGGAAUACGUGACUCAGAAUAUGGAUGAGACUGCUGAUUGGCAUCAUAACAAUCUGUUUGAGUGGUGCCAGACGGAGGGUCUCCUGGAUAUCGCUGAUAAUUUCUUGCAUAUUGGUAGCUCGGUCGACUGGAACAUGGACUUGGACUUUUUAACCAGUUUCUCUUCACACAUGGCAUGA